ACUUGUCCACGACACGCGGAUCACUUUUCAUUGGCACCUCUCCUUUUCUCCCCCAAGAAGAUGAGUGAGAGAAGAGGACCAAGGAGCCAAGGAGGGGAUCUCGCUCAGACCAGCGAAUCCAUCCACCAAGAUUCCGUGCACCUCCACCGCCGCCUCCGCUGUCGGUCUGUCCCCGCGGCCGCAGCAGCCUAGCCCUAGCAGGAGGGGAGGAUCCUCUCCUCCCUUACUCCCUGUCUAGUGUCUAGAACAGCUGCUUGCGUUCCUCGCAGAGCACAUCGACGGGCUUGCUGCUGACACCCCCAGCACUGAUGGGGAUACCCAGCGACGACGUGGUGCAAAUCCGCCACGCCGACGCCGCUGGCGAGCCCACCGUCGUCACCGUGAGCUGCCCCGACAAGACGGGCCUCGGCUGCGACCUCUGCCGGGUCGUCCUCCUCUUCGGCCUCAGCGUCGUCAAGGGAGACAUGAGCACGGACGGGCGGUGGUGCUACAUCGUGCUCUGGGUGCUGCCACGCGGGGGGCGGCCCGUGGCCGUGCCAUGGGACCUCCUCAAGGACAGGUUGCUUCAGCUCUGCCCCGUCACGCCGCCGUUCGGAUUCGACAACGCGUACCUCGCGGCGGCUGGCCUACAGGACGUGGCGCCUCCCGCACCACAGCUCUUCUUGCUCAAGCUAUGCUGCCUCGACCGGAUGGGGCUCUUGCAUGAUGUGACACGCGUUUUGUGCGAGCUAGAGCUCACGAUUCGGAGGGUGAAGGUCUCUACCACGCCUGAUGGGAGUGUGCUAGAUCUUUUUUUCAUCACAGAUGCCAGGGAGCUUCUGCACACAAAGAACAGAAGAGAAGAAACUCAGGACAAACUCGAGAGUGUCUUAGGCGACUCCUUGACAUGUUGUGAAAUAGAUCCUGCUGGUGAAGACAUGUUGUCUUGCCUCCAAUCCUGGGCUUCGCUGACGCCUGCUAUUAUGGAACAGAUGUUUAACACAAAUCUCAUAGAGGAGCAAUCGAUCAGCACAAGGGGUGGUACCAUCUCCGUGACAAUGGACAACUCGCUUAGCACUGUCCAUACUCUUAUUCAGAUUCAGUGUGGUGACCAUAAGGGCCUCCUAUAUGAUAUCAUGAGGACGGUCAAAGACUGCAACAUUCAGAUUUCAUAUGGCCGAUUCUAUGCGAGCCAAAAUGGAAGGUGCGAGAUUGAUUUGUUCGCAGUGCAAUCAGAUGGGAAGAAGAUCCUUGAUCAGCACAGGCAGAGAGCACUGUGCUAUCGCCUAAGAAUGGAGGUCCACCGACCACUACGUGUGGCAUUGGUGAACCGAGGUCCUGACACAGAGCUGCUUGUAGCAAACCCAGUUGAGGUUUCUGGAAAGGGUAGACCGCUGGUGUUUUAUGACAUCACCCUUGCUCUCAAGAAUCUUCAGAAACGAAUCUUCUUGGCUGAGAUUGGGAGGCACGUUGUGGAAGAUAGGGAGUGGGAAGUCUACAGAUUACACUUUGGUGAGGAGCAUGAGCUCUCGUCUGCCCUGCGGAGCAGGAUUGUGGAUGCAGUCACCAACAUGCUGAUGGGGUGGGACUCAUGACACUGCUGCCGUGCCUCUGAAACAUUAUCAUUAGUGUUCCUGCAGAAACUAACUUAUUUGGUGCAAGUAAAAAGCAGCAACUGAUCUCUACUUGUCUCUUAAAUACAACGGUUUUGAACUAAUCCAGAGACACAAUAGUAUUUAAUUUCAUUAUCUUAACAUACACUAGGACACCGGGUCCUAUAGUCUGCACCAAACCUCAGUUCGGCCCAUCCCAGAUGUAUAUACAUGUAUUGAAUCAUGAUCAAGAAUUAUGUGUGACAAUAUACCACUUUGUCUUUGUUAGAAA